CCCGAGCCUGAAUCUCCUCUCGACUAACUACAGGAGCCAAAACUUCAAGUGUGCUCAUGUGUUUACCGGGCGAAAUCCACGUGUGACCGAGCUGACCCCGCCUCGGCACGAGAGCUGCUGGAUCCCCGCCCACCGCAGUUAGUGAAGGUUUAACCCAGAUGAGGAGCAGUGAGUUACUAUCAGAGUUGUGUUUGAUUCAUCCGAGGGGCUGGGUUCUGUAACAUCAGCCAUAUUUUCACAUCGGAGCUGUUGGGUAAAUUAUAAAAAACAACAACAACAAGGAGGCAGAUAAACAUCGGAUUCAUUCAACACGUUUGAAAUAAGAAGGAUCUUUUUCACUGGAGAGGACUGCAGCUGGAUGAUAAUUGUAGAAUUAUGGCUACUCACAAGCGGAUCCUGAGGGCCCUGCGAAGAGGCCCCGCUCGACGAAACCUGUUCGGCCCCGUCGACCGAGAGCAGCUCCAUGCGGAGUACCAGGCCGCGCUGCAGAAAGACCUGGAGGAGGCUUCGCGGCGCUGGAGCUUCGACUUCAUCUCGGACAAGCCUCUGGAGAGCGGCGACUUCCAGUGGGAAGGCGUCCCAGGAGCCAAGGUGCCACUGCUCUACAGAUCCUGCAUGCAUGAUCUGGGACAGGCAGGAGGUCAGGGGGCGGCAGAAGCAGCAGUUAAGCCCAAGGGAGGAAGGGUGGGGUCACCACAGAGCGAGAAGGAGAACAUCCCAUGUUCGCCAGAGAGAUGUGAACACGAUUUGGAGAACCUGGAGAAAACACCGGAGAAGAGAGAGAAUACGGGGCUGAAGAGGAAACAGACCAACAUUACAGAUUUCUAUCAGGCUAAGAGAAGAGUGGUUUGGAUGCCGCCCAAAUCCGGCGAGUGAUUUUUCCGGCUCAGUUUACUGCAAAGGUGCCAAUAUCCCAAAAGAAUCAUGCAAACAGUACAACACUCAGGAAUACAACACCUCUGCAUAGACUCUGCACAGUCACAGUCAUCAAGGGGGGGUCCUGUACCCGGUGAUGACCACAGAAGGGACCUCAGCUACACAUCAUCACUAUCAGGUUAAUUAUGGUACUGUAUUUACUCUGAGGGGGUUGGUGUUUUUUCCCCAGUGGUAAGAAGGGGACAUUUGAGCAGAGAAGAUUAACGGUAAUCUCUGGAAUCGGUGGAUUUAUACUCAUUUGGAUCAUGAGGAUGCCAAAGUGUUGACUGACAUUUCCUACUGUACAUUCCACAGUGCUGAAAACGCAAGAUACGAUGGAUAAACACAUUACUGUAUACACUUGAAACAGAAGUCAUGUUGGUUGAAAUCAUUCUGUCUCUUAAUGAAAUUAAGGAGUGGCUGUGAUAAAACUGCAGAAUGACUAAAAAAAGUAGAGAAUGGAUGAAGCCCUUUGGCUCCUUUUGUUAAAAUCCACUAUUGUUUUUCUACAAUGUUAUUUCUUUAUGUGUAUCAUGAGGGCUAGGAGUCUUUUCUGUGUUUAAAAACGUUUAUUAUACUUUAUAUAUCCAGAUGUACAGUCGUGUAUUUUCUACCAUCAUGUACUCAUAGGAACAUACUUGAAGAGUUCUGAUAUCCUGUACAUGCUGUUGCUUUGCUUAGAUUAUUAAUGACAGAAGUGCCAUCAUGUCCUCUUCGGUUAUUUCCAUCAACUGUAUGUCGAUCGAUCUUCAAAGCAGACCUCCAGAAGUUGCCCCUGCCCGGACUCAGACAUGUGUACAGCACCAGGUAGUGUAGGUUAAGAGUGUAGCACCAUGUCUUUGGAACACCUUAAAACACAUAUAUUUAGGUUUAUUUAGAUAUAUAUCAGAGAUUUAACUAUAGAGUUUAAUACAGCACUAGUAGCAUAAUCAUAAAAAAAAACAUUGCAGUAUUGCACAUACAUCUGAUAGGUGGUGUAUCCUAAACACCCAUUUUCUAGUGCCUUCACGGCAUUUGUUUUGGUAUUUGAAGUUCCAUAAAGGACAAUCACAAGACAGUGUUCACGGAAGCAAAUGUAUUAUUUACUAAGCUAAAGUGCUUUAUUCUUUUCUAUUUGGACGCAUAGUGCAAUUAUAACAGACAAUGUCUGCCUCAAAACAAAUAGCAUGUUUGUUCACGACACUUAUGACUAUAUGUUGGCAAAUCCUGCUGCUAUGGAUAAUCUGAAAGGGUGUCGAACAAGGUCACUGUAAAGCUAAUCCUUACGAACUGACAGCUUAGAAAUGUUCGCCGCUGCAAAUACGAGGCUAAACAAAAAAAAAACAGCAUUACCCCAAACAAUGAAUGCACUUCUGUUAAUAGAUGCUUGUGCACAGAUCCUACAUAUUGUUUUAUGUAAAAAAGCUACAAAAGAAAAGAUCUAUCCUUAUUUAUUGUGAGACGCUAUUCCUUGUGUUAUUGUAGUCUGUGUUUAAUUAUUAUGAGAAUUACAAAAUCCAAUAAAAUAUUCUAAA